UCACGUAGUGUUUCGAAGCUAUGAAGAAAAAUUUUAGUAAAGUUGCUGAGAUAAUAUUCAUGGUAAUGAGGCCUCCUCGUACAACUUAAAUUUAGUGAAAAUUUGAUAUGUUUUCAGACAAAAAAGGCAAAAAAUAUCCAAAAAGCACUCAAAAGAUUAUUAGGUUUGCUGAUGCAGACACAAGUUUAAAGCAACUGGGUAACCCUGCGGCCACGAAUACUCGCAAGCAUUUACCAAAAUGUUACCUCGAUCCGAAACUUUGCAAAUGUAAAUCAAAAACAGGACAUUUUAAGGUAUGGAAUUCGUUCGAUAACACACAAAAAAUACAAAAAGAUACACUCAUUACAAAAAAUGAAGAUAUCAGCAAGGCACGAAAAGUGGAUAAAAGAAUACAGAGAAAUAGAAUUGUAGACGACAUGAAAGACGAAGAGAAAAAUGACACCAAAAAUAUUAAAGAUAAUAAAAGGAAAAAGAUUGGAGACACUUGCGAUGCUGAUCAAUGUAAAAAGAGACUUCAAUACAUCCAGAAUUUACAAUUGCCCGAACAAAAAAAAGGUACGAAAAAGAAUAUUGGAUUUGGUGAUCAAGUUUUAGCAAAAAAUGAUAGCAAGAAAGGUAAAGAUGCAACAGAAAUAUUAAAAGCUGCGAUAACUUCAAAGGGCGAUAAAAGAACUGUAGAUAAAAAGGUCUUUAAUGGCAAUCCUGCAAUGGAAAUUAGAGUUGAUUCAAAUAAAAUGCAAGUAUUGAAUCCUACUGAAAUUAAAAGCAAAGUUAAACACCUCGGUACAGUAAAGAAAAAUGAAGUUUGCAUUUGUCCUUCUCGUUCAAAACGUAUAAAUCAAAAUUCAUGCGAAGAUGGAGCCUGCGCAGCAGCUAUGAAGAGGAAGCAAGGAAAUUUUAAAUGCAAUUGUGUUAAGAAGAACGUUCAAUGCAACGAUUUAUCGUGCGCGAAUCAGAAGCGUCUAUCUGAAUGUCUAUCAGACAAUGUUAUUAUAAGAUUCUUGAAAAAAAUAGCUAGUUGCAAAGAUGUAGCCGACAAAUUGCCUAAACACUUAUUAGAAGUAACUUUGGAUUCUGCUAACAUGAAUGUAGUGAACUCAGCAGAACUGAGAGAUAUAUUUAAAAAGGCAUAUAGUAAGGAAAUAUGUCCAAAUGGUGUUUGUCGUAAAGGACUAGAGAAAAACGCAAACGUAAACUGCACAUGUAUUAAUAAGAAACUUGCAAGAAAUGCUAUUCAAUGCAAUUCAAAGACAUGUAAUUUAAAGAAAAAGAGAAAAGCAGAAGAGAGCCGCAAAAAGUUAAAAUCAACUUUUGCAACUCACACUCGUAUAUUUGGACGAAGUAUAACUUCCAGUGGAAAACGGAAGAAGCGUCGAAUAGGAAAAAGAAAAGGAAAAAAUAAAUUAAACAAAAUAGCUUUCCGAAGAGAUGCGUCACUAGCCGAUAACUUGAAGGACUGCCCAGAAAAAACAAAAAAGGACUGUAAACAAGCCUUUAAGCGAGAAAUUAAAUACUACAAGAAACAAGAAAAGAAAAAUAGAAAAGCAACUCGUAAGGCGCUAAAGGCUAUAGAAAAACAAAAAAGAAGGGAAAUCGGACAAUGGAACUGUAUUUCUAAUUUUCUAAAUGGAGUGAUAAACCUAAUUGUUCAAACAAUUAAGAUCAUAAUAACGUCGGUCUUUACCCUUAUUACUAAUCCUGUUAGGUGUUUUGUUUAUUUAAAACAGAAACUAAAGAACCCAGAGAAAACCGGAGCAAGUAUCAAACAAUGGUUUCAAAAAACGUGGGGCCGCAAAAACACAAAGGUAUCUAAGAUGGUGCAGGAUUCAGAAGCUAUAAGUGUUAUAUCUGAUCAUAUCGAAAACAUGCCAUUUUAUGAUACAGUGUUCGUGAGUAAGGGUAAGACAAAGGAAGAGCGAGCUAUGUAUGAACGCAGGAAGCGUCUAAGAGAAAAAAGGAUGCAGAAGCGUCACGACGAGGCUUUAUAUGGCUGCCGGAACAUUCUGCUGACGACCUUACGAAAGACGCCAUGCAUCUGCUUUUAUUAUUUAUGUCCAAACUUGUAUCCACAGUGUUUGAGUUUGUUAACGUUUUUAAAGAAUUUUUAUCACAUCAUAAUUUAUUUGGCAGCUUUAGCGUUUUGGACUCCAUGCAUUUUAACGUUUGAAAUCUGUCGAUCGUUGCUAUGUUGUUUAUUUUGUGUUGGUUAAAGAAAAUAUACCAUAUUAUGCCCUUGUAU